AUGGAUAAUUUACCUCCUGAUGACUUUAUAUAUCCAUUUACUAUGAAUAUUAGAAAUGGUAAAAGCGUGAAAAGAUCAUUAAGAAAAAGUUAUUUUGAACAAAACAAAUGGCUAAUUUAUUCUCAUGUCAAGUCCGGUUUGUUCUGCAAAUAUUGUGUUUUAUUUAGCAAUAAAGGAGGAAGGUAUAACACGAUAACUUUGAAAAAAUUUAUCAUUGAACCUGUAACUAAAUUUUCAAAUUUAACUGGGAAGGAUGGAGACUUGGAAGUACAUAGCAAUAAUAAAUAUCAUAUUACUGCUAUUCAAAUCGCGGAUGACUUUUUGAAAACUCUUUAUAACCCCCAAAAAGAAGUUAUUAAUUUAAUAAAUAAUGAAAGGCUGAGUCAAGUAAUAGAAAACCGAAAAAGACUUACACCGAUUAUCGAAUCAAUUUUAUUCCUCGGCCGUCAGAAUAUUCCGUUUAGAGGCCACCGUGAAAAGGGAAAUAUUGUAGAUAAUAAUGAAUCCAUUGUAAAUACAGGCAAUUUUCGUGAGCUACUCAAGUAUAGAGUACAUAGUGGCGACUCUACAUUAGAAAAACAUUAA